UCGCUUCUCAAGUGUAAUUAAUUGUUAGUUUUUUUUAACUUUUCAUUAACAAUUUUGAAUACACGUAGUGUUAACGAACUAAACAGAGUCACAAACCUGUAACAGUGAUAGUAGUGAAGUCCCUUCACCGCCGUGUAUUCGGUUCGGUGUGAACAAAAUCAAACGAACGGAGCUAGCAGGAAAACCUUGAAAACAACAACACGAACCGAACGUCACACGCUGAUGUCGUCGUCACUCACAUCGCUUCGUCACGUACGGUGGGCAUUCGAUCUGGCCGGAUGGCGACCGACGGCAGCCGAUCUGCUGCUCGCGACGUCCUGCAUUCAGCCGGAGGAAAAGCAACGGAUGGCGAAGUUCGUCUUUCGGGAUGAUUUUAACGCUUCACUGAUCGGACGGUUGAUGAUGCGCCGGUUCGUCCAUCUGGCGACCGGGCUGCAGUACGAUCGGAUCGAGUUCGAUCGCGAUCUGAAGGGGAAGCCCUUCCUGAAGAACGAAGGUUUUGCUGUGGAUUUUAACGUUUCCCAUCAGGGGCGGUAUGCGGUGCUGGCGGGCUUGAUACCGACAGGUGAUGACGGUGGUCCAGUGAUGGAUGGUGGGAAACAGCCUAGGAUUGGUGUUGAUGUAAUGAAGAUUGAGUACAGCGGGGGAAAGUCGCUGGGGGAGUUUUUUCGAUUGAUGAAUCGUAACUUUUCCGAUGAAGAGUGGCAGUACAUUAGGAGCCAGCAGGACGAGAAUGAUCAGCUGGAAGCGUUCAUGAGGAAUUGGUGUUUGAAGGAGAGCUACGUGAAAAACGUUGGGAUUGGGAUAACGGUAGAUUUGAGGAAGAUUAGCUUCUCGAUUAGAAGUAAGAAACUGGAUACGAAGAGUUCGGUCUGUGAUAGCACGUUGAAGCUUAAUGAUGAGCUUCUGAAGAACUGGCGAUUCGAAGAAUCUCUUAUCGAUAAGAAUCACUGCGUGGCGGUGGCACUGGAAAAUGUCCCAGAUGACGCCGACUUGACUGCAAAUUGUUUCCAAAUCAUCGAUUUUAGUAUGUUGGUUGAGGGCCAUAAGCCAUUGUUGGCAAUUGACGAAAUUUAUUGUGACAAUAUUGUCGGUAAAGAGUAUAAGAAUUUGUAAUAAAUCCUUUUUUAUGUUUGUUCGUUCGAAAAUCUAUAUGCUUCCAUGACAAGUAUUGAUUAAACUAGACUAUUUAGGAUGUUUUACAAGCUACCAUAAAGCAUAACCUGGAAAAGUAACGACGCAAAGUCACGAAAGGCUGUGCAAAAUAAAUGGGGCUUUCUGCAUUUGAUGGCAUAAUUUUGCGAUUUAGUUUGUCUAGUUUUGUCAGUUAGAAUUAUGUAAAGAAAUUGGUAAAUAU